AUCGACAUCCAUCAUCUGCUCAUAACUUCAUUCGCCUGCUUCAACAUCAUGGUCUACGCUGACGAGGAUGAAAUUGACUGGAGCGAUGGCUCUUUUGGCGCUCCAUCUCGAAUACCAAUCGAUGCUACACCAAGUUCAUUUAAUCAUUACCCAAUUAUGGACGCUCACGAGGAUGAAGACUCGCUUUUCGUAUCGGAAACCUACGACCAACACCGGAUACCCCGUGGUCUUACACUUGAAGCUCCUCCUUCAAACGGCAACGAUACCCUUCAGAACCCUACGCGUGUUCAACGAGCUCGAGCCGGUGUUCAUCUGAACCGUCGUAUACCUUCCAAGGCGGACUACGUGAACUACGUGCUUUACCAAGCUAGCCAGAAGGCUUACGAAGCCACCUUUCUGAACAGGUUCGUAGCGCAUGCCUUGCAUCCCGACCGCCUCGCCCAGUGUUCUGAGGAUGAAACCAGCGGCCGCCAAAGCAUCGCCGAGUACAUGAAGUCCGUAUCUCAUGAGGUCAACAGUAUCACGAAGAAAAUGAUCUGGAAUGGUCAUUGCCGCACUGUACACCUUCUCGCUGGAGAUAGCAUGGAUGGCGCGCCGUUCCUCGAUCUACACACUCUCGACAUAAAACCUUUCUCGAAGUACGGUCCUAGCAAUCUCUUUCCCGUAGCAGACAGAGUCAACGUGUCCUGGCAUCGUACCAGUUCACAUCCUGCAAUGGUACGAUACUCAACCAAGGAGUACGAACUUGGCUACCAAGCUGGUCCAUUGGAAGAUCUUGACGAUGUAUCCCAGACACUGUUUCGAAAGGAGAACUUCAGUGCAACUUUGCCCAUCGGUCGUGCUGUGAAGCUGUCAACAUCCAAGAAGCGUAGAGGUCAGAACAUGCCCGGAGCAGCAGCCAGAGAUAAUCGAAUCACCUUACCUCGUCGCAAUUGGCUUCCUUUCCCGCAACUAGCCACAAUUUCGGAUUUUCAAGACCCUCAAACCAUUACAAGCUCUCCACUCGACAUCGUUCAUGAAGAAAGGGCGGCUGAUAUUCACCAAGAACCUCGGAUACUGUCAGAUCUCACGGAGCUAUAUCACGACUCUGCAGAUGCCCUAUCUCCAGAUCGUGCACAGGAAGAAGCAUCGCAUUCGCCUUUCCCUCGUUACGCAGAGCCAUUCAGUCCCCAUGAUUUUGAAGUACCAAUCAGCGACCGUGCCCGCGUAUGCAGGCAAAACAACGGCGCCGAGCACGUGGAGAAGUUACAUCAUUGGCGAACCAGGCUGAUCAAUGAUCAUAAGCGCCGGCUGACACGUAAGUGGGGCAACCCACCACAGGCUCUCGACUAUGCAUGCCAGAACUUCAAGCAAGUUGUUGCUGCAGCCAUGUCUAUGGGACUUCGUCCCAUCGCACAAGACUACCAGAAGAAGCUCCAAGCCAUCGCAGCCAGAGAGCGACUUCGAGAGCAAGCCGGAAGUUCUGAUGCAUCACAACAGAACAGUAAAAGUUUAUCCACUGAAACCACCACGGCUGAUUCGCAUGCGUCGCAAUGUCUCCCAGUGGACUCAGACGUGAGUGCUCCCGAGUCUUCUUUCUUCUCUCCUCCACAGAUCCUUCCACGAGAUAUUGGUGGGUCGUCGGGCAUUUCCAAUUCCGAUAAGACAUCCUCAGAGCCCUCAAAAAAGAGGAGGAAGAAGAAGAACGACGCCGUAGUCCACCAAGUCAUGAGGAGCUACUCUACCCAGCAGCAAUUGACUGCACCCAAGUCGGGCAAGCAAUUGCCGGAUCAGCCAAUCGCAAAGGGCCCGUCAGCACACAAGUCACCAUCGCUCCAUCCGAGUGGAUCCGUGACUUUGGAACUACAUCAACACCUUCCCCCUAACGCCUACUUUGAGCCGACUUCAGUGGACGAGAAGUACGUUUGGCGUUGUCGUGGCAAACACGCAAUGGGUCACUAUUACAACUCUGGGAACCGCAAGAACUGUAGAGGCUGCAAUACCUCGCUCAGUGACAAUCACGCUGUUGAGAUGGACUUUUACAUGCCACUGAGGUCCUUUUAUCAUCAACUUGUACCAGACAUGCGUUGGAAGCCUACCAAACAGGCUGCUCGACUUCGCAAAUCAGACCGACCCUGUCACAAUGCUGUGGCGAAGGACGCAUAUUGGGAAGCCAUGAGUACUGGUGCUACUGAAGAAGGGGCUCGGCAGAUUGCUAUCGACGCCGUGAUUCAGUACCUUCAGCCAAAGCUACCGCCUAAAGCGCCAACACCCGAGACGACGCCAGAGCCAGAGCCCAAUCUUGGUCCCCAUGCUAGUGGCUCGAACGCUAUGGAACAUGGUCAGGAGAUCCCCGAUGGUUAUUACUGGAGGAAGCAGAAAGCAGAUGAGCAACUUGCCUGGCGAUGCGACGUCAACCAUGGUCUCGGACGGUACUACCUAGCGGGCAACAAGAAAACUUGUCCAGGAUGUGGAGCGGGCCGGACUAGCCUGGGCAAAAGUGAAGAGAUGGACUUCUAUCUUCCGUCGGGUAUCGUUGUUCGCCAAGAAGCCCCAGGACUGUCCAAAUGGAAACCUCGGAAGCCAUACAAGAUGGGCACAUCCCCUGCGACGAAGAGAGAACCGGUCAGCCACAACCAAAUGUGCGCCAAGGUGUACUUCGAACUCCUCGCCGGAGGACACGAUGCAGAAGAAGCUUUGAGGCUCGCUGUAGAGAGGGUGGACAGUGAGUUGGACAGGAAGCAAGAGGCUAAGAUGAAACGACAUGAGGUGAAAGAGGAGGCUAGAGACUCAGUUGAGGACGCUAGCACUUCUGUCAGUGCCUUGAGGAGCGACUCCACCGCCACGAGUCGCAACUCUCGAGGAGGCUGUACCAAGUCUCUCGUCCCGAACAAGCGUACCAUGGAUGACGUCAGCGAAGAGGGUUUGGAUGACGUUGUGGCUGGUUUUGGAGAUGGUGAUGUGGGAAGUGAAAAGGAGUUUUGGGAUAGUGUUGUGGUGUCUUCUUCUGCUGACGAAGAUAGCUCUGCCUCAGACUCGGAAUGAAGGCGUAGUCGGUGGUGGUUGCACGUAGGUUGUGUAGAUACUUUCUUGAACAAAUUCUCUCAAUGAAGCCAUGAGUUGGAG